AUGGGCAUAGCAAGACUAAUGAUCCAUGUGCAACAAGUUGAGGAUGACCAGCUGAGGGAUAAAGAAGAGUUUAAGAACAAAAGGGCUAACACAGGGAAUAAGUCCGGGCAGCAGAAGAGUAUUGCCAACCGGUAUGGUAGCAGCAUAGAUCCAGUUGUUGCGUUGUCUUAUGUGAGGGAGAUUAAGGACACAUUUGUAGACCAAGUAGAAAAGUAUGACAUGUUCCUUGAUGUUAUGAAAGACUUAAAGGCUCAAAGAAUUGAUCAUGUUUGUGUCAUAGAAAGAGUGAGAGAAUUGUUUAAAGAGUAUCCUAGUUUGCUCCUUGGAUUUAAUGCUUACUUGCCCAAUGGCUGUGAAAUAAUGCUCAAUGAUGAAGACAAGGCUUCUUCGAAGAAAAAGACUAACAAUGAAGAAGAACGCAAUUUAGUGAAAAAUAUAAAGAAAUGUUUUGGAAAUGACCAUGAGUACAAAUCAUUCGUAGAUAUUAUGAUGAUGUAUAAGAAAGAUAGAAAGGACAUCAACGAAGUGUAUCAUGAGGUUGCGGUACUUUUCAAUGACCAUCCUGAUAUGCUAGAUGAGUUUAUUGAAUUCUUGAAAGAUUCAAUUACUCCCAAUCCAUUAUGA